AUGAGGCUUAGGGGGAAGGCUGCCGCCUCCUGGCGCAUCCUGCUGUCUGUCCUUACCCUGACAGCAGCUGUCCAAGCAAAGGACGAGCCGACGAUCAAAGUCACCACUAUCAAGCAUCCUCCUCUCAGCCUGAACUAUUUCGAAGAUUCCAACGUUAUCCUCUACCAAGAUGUCUCCGAACAAAACCUCUACCGAUCCGAAGACGCGGGUGUCACAUGGAACCAAGUCAAAGAUAUCCCUGACCACCAGGCCUCCCUCCUCACAAUGCACGAGUUCGACAAGAACCGAGCCUACGUAAUUACCGAAGGUACCGAACACUUCAAGACGACCGAUAGAGAAAUUCUCGAGCGGUGCGCCUCCCAAUAUCUUCAUGGGGGAGACAUCCUCCACUUCCACGCCGGCGAUCCGGAUCGCGUCAUCUUCAACGGAGCCGAUUGUAUAGGCAUCUUUUGCGACCUGAUUACUCUGUACACGACCGACAACUUCAAGUCCAAAGCCAAGUUUUUGCGAGGCAACACGGAGGGAUGCUGGUGGGCCAAGUCGUCGGAGCUCUUCACCACGGGCAAAGACGACCUCGACAAGCAACGUAUUCUCUGCAUCGUGCGAGACAACUUCUCGCCUUUCAAGGAAGAUAACAGACUACUCGCAUCGGACAACUAUUUUGAGAAGAUCGACAAGAAGAUCCAAGAGUUCGAACCGGAUAUGGACACAAACCACGGCGUGCAUGGUGUUGUCAAUCUGGCGAUAGUAAAGAAGUACCUGAUGGUCGCCACAUCGUCCCUCAACACUGAUGAAAUGGCUCUUUUUGUCACGGAUGACACCAUCAAGUGGCACCGCGCCAUGUUCCCCACCGAUCACGGUCACAAGGUCAACCAAGAGGCCUACACCGUUCUGGAGAGCACCAACUACAGCAUUCAGAUUGAUGUGAUGAACACUAGACCCUCGAACCCAACCGGAGUCAUGUUUACGAGUAACUCGAACGGUACGUUCUUUACCGAAAACCUCGAGCAUACGAACCGUAACACCAAAGGACAUGUCGAUUUCGAGAAGAUCUCCGGUGUCCAGGGUAUAUUCAUGGUCAACACUGUCAAGAACUGGGAAGAGGUAGAAAAGGACACCAACAGGGGGAGCAAACAAGUCCAGAAGGAGAUUGUCAGCAAAAUCACCUUCGACGACGGCCGAAACUUCCACGACCUGAAGAGCGGCGACGACCAACUUCACCUUCACUCGGUCACUGAUCUCGAUAACGUCGGCAGAGUGUUUUCCAGCCCUGCGCCUGGUCUUGUCCUUGGCAUCGGAAACAAGGGUAAGUCCUUGGGCAAGUUUGGCGACGGUGACGUGUACGUUUCCGACAAUGCGGGUGUGACCUGGAAGAAGGCCUUGGAUGGCCCUCACAAGUAUGAGUUUGGUGACCAAGGCUCAAUUUUGGUUGCCGUGAAGGACUCCAACAAGGAGGAUAUCGGAGAAAUCCAGUACUCUCUGGACCAUGGCGAGAGCUGGAAGAAAGCCUCGCUUCCGGAUGACUUGAAGAUCAAGCCCGAGCUCCUCACAACGACACAAGAUUCAACUAGUCUCAAGUUCCUGCUCGUCGGCAAAACGGGAGGUGACAAUGCCAAGUUCCACAUUAUUGCUCUCGAUUUUGAGGGGUUGCACGAGCGAACAUGCAAAGACGACGACUUGGAGGAUUGGCACGCCCGUCUGGACGAAAACGGCAAGCCAUCGUGCCUGAUGGGCCACAAACAGACCUACCGCCGUCGCAAGAAGACAGCCGACUGCUUCUUGAACCAGGAGUUCAAAGACCCCGUCCCAGUUACUGAAGAUUGCGAGUGUACGGACGCAGACUUCGAGUGUGACUACAACUUCGUCAAGGAUGGCGACAACUGCAAGAAGGCUGGCCCGAUCGUUGCGCCGGAUGAUGCAUGCAAGAACGCCAAGCCGGAUGACACCUUCAAGGGCUCGUCCGGCUGGCGCAAGAUUCCAGGAAACACUUGCAAGCGAAAGAGUGGUGCUCAAAAGGAUGACCCAGUUGAGCGGAAAUGCUCUGAUGUCAUUAAUGCCCCAAGCGCCCCUGCUGAUGGCAAGAUUAAAGCGAUCCAGCAUGUCUUCAAGACCGACUUGAAGGAUUUCGAAAAGGUCUACUUGGAGCGAGGCGAAUCGAGCACCGAGGUCGACGAAACCAUUAUCGUAAGACCUGUCGAGUAUGCAGGAAACAGCAUGCGAGCCGAUAAGCAGAUAUGGCGGACCAAGGACCAUGGCAAGACCUGGGACAAGAUCCUUCAAGACGAGGAUGUGCGAGGCAUCUACCCGCACUACUUCUUCAAGGAUGUCGUCUUCUUCACUACCGAUUCCAACAAAGUUCUGUACACGAUCGAUCGUGCCGAGCACUUCCAUUCCUUCGAGGCCCCUACAAAGCCUGGGUCGAGCAACCCCCUGUCAUUCCAUCCUGACAAGAAGGAUUGGCUUAUCUGGGUUGGAGAGAAGUGCGAAAAGGUUGAUGGCAAAGAGACUUGCUUCAAGGAGGCGUCGAUCUCGAGAGAUCGCGGCGACAACUGGAAGACCGCAAUGCGCUACGUCCAGAAAUGUGAGUUCACGGGUCACUCCGCCUACAAGUUCCGCGACCUGCGCCAGAUUGUCUGUCUCGCGCACAAACGGGAGGACAAUGAAAAGGACAACCCAAAGGUUAUCGUGUCUAGCAAGGAUUUCUUCGACGAGGACAAGCAGUACCACCAGUCGGACGUUAAAGACUUCGCUACGAUGGCCGAGUUCAUUGUUGUUGCUGCCGAAGACAAGGAAAAGAACGGGUUGCGAGCGCUUGCCAGCUUGGACGGCGUUUCUUAUGCCGAAGCUCACUUCCCCGUCAACUUCAAGGUCGGCCACCAAAACGCCUACACAGUCCUGGACAGCUCCACGCAUGCCGUGAACUUGUUCGUGGCCACUGAGACUGCCGAAGGUCGCCGCCAUGGAAGCAUCAUCAAGAGUAACUCCAACGGUACAUCCUACGUUAUGAGUGCGCAGGCAGUCAACUGCAACGACGAGUACUACGUCGACUUUGAGAAGAUUCCUGGUCUCGAGGGCGUCGCUCUCAUCAACACAGUCGCGAACCGUGAUAAGUCCAACGAGCCGAAGAAGGUGCAGACCCAGAUCUCCCACAACGAUGGCUCACAAUGGGCCUUCCUUCCUCCGCCAAAGGCCGAUGUUGAUGGCAAAUCCUACUCAUGCAGUAGCAGCGAGGGAGACGAGAAGUGCGCGCUGCAUCUUCACCAUUACACUGAGCGCGCAGACAAGAAAAAGACGUUCUCUGCUGCUACUGCUGUUGGGCUCAUGUUCGGCAAUGGCAACGUCGGGUCGAGUUUAAGCUCUCUUAAGGAGGCCGACACCUUCAUGACCACCGACGCCGGCAUCACUUGGAAGAACGUCAAGAAGGGCGCUUGGACUUGGCAAUACGGUGAUCAGGGUUCGAUUGUUGUCCUUGUCCAGCGUGCCACUCGCGAGAACCCCGUCAAGACGAAAAUUAUUUCAUACACCACUGACGAGGGCAAGACUUGGAAGGACUUCACCUUCACCGACAAGGAGGUCACAGUCCUGGAUAUUUCUACUCUCCGCUCUGGCGCCUCGCGUAACUUCCUCAUUUGGUGUAAGGACGACGGCGGCGAGAUGUUCUCUGUCAACGUGGACUUCACUGGCCUGACCGACCGUCCUUGCAAGAGUGACGAGAACGGUGGUGCGGACUACUACCUAUGGUCCCCCAAGCACCCAUCGCAGCCUGGUGACUGUCUCUUCGGACACGUAUCAAAGUACUUGCGCAAAAAGGACGAUGCCAACUGCUACAACGAUGCCAGGGUUCAACAUCUCUACCAGCUGGAAAACUGCACUUGCACAAGGACCGACUUCGAAUGUGACUACAACUUCGAGCUCGACAACCACAAACAGUGUAGCCUUGUCGAGGGCAAGUCUCCAAUCUCAGCCGAGCAGUGGUGCAAGGAGAACCCGGAUGCCGUCGAAUACUACGAACCCACGGGAUACCGUAGGAUUCCGCUCACUACUUGCGCCGGAGGCCAGGAGCUCGACAAGCAGGCCCAGGUCCACCCCUGCGCUGGCAAGGAAGACGAGUUUGAGAGGCGGCGCGGAACAUCUGGUAUCGCCAUCUUCUUCGCCGUGGUGAUCCCCAUCGGACUCGCGGGUGCCAUCGGCUGGUGGGUGUACCGCAACUGGAACGGCAAAAUCGGUCAGAUCCGGUUGGGCGAGUCGUCAAGUCUCGACAAUGAUGCACCGUGGGUCAAGUACCCAGUCAUCGCCCUGUCGGCGGUGGUUGCCGUCGCCGCGGCCCUGCCGCUUGUCGCCUCGGCUCUGUGGAGGCGCGCCACCUCUGCUUACGAGAGCGUGAGCGGCGGAGGCGCAGGCAGCUGGCUCAACGGGCGUGGCAACCGCCGGUUCACGACGAGGGACAGCUUUGCUCGGGGCAGAGGAGAUUACGCCAUUGUCGACGACGACGAGGGCGAGCUCCUGGGCGACGAUAGUGAUGAGGAGGUAUGA